GCCAGCCAACAUUAAGCUCAUGUUUAGCAAGUAUGCUCGUACGGUUCCUGACAAGUUCACUCUUGGAGAGCUUUGGGACAUGACUGAGGGUAACAGAGUUUCAUAUGACUUCUUUGGAUGGAUUGCAAGUAAGCUGGAAUGGGGACUUCUGUAUGUUCUUGCAAGGGAUGAGGAGGGAUUUCUAUCUAAAGAAGCUGUGAGACGCUGCUUUGAUGGAGGCUUAUUCGGGUACUGUGCCAAGAUGAAUGCAAGUGCUGAAGCUAAGAUGGGCUGAAGAAUACUUUGUACUACUUGAAUUUAUGUAUAUAUU